AUGACUCUUUCGGAUGACGAUGUUAACCGACAAAUCGAUCAUAUGAUCGCCUUUAUCAAGAAUGAGUCUCAGGAGAAAAUCGAAGAGAUUUAUGCUAAGGCUGAUGAAGAAUUCCAAAUUGAAAAAGGUCGGCUUGUCAACCAGCAACGCAUCAAAAUCAUCGACUUUUAUGAGAAGAAAGAAAAGACACUGGAGCAACAAAAACGCCUUCAACAAUCAAAGUUCAUCAACGUCGGUAGAUUGGAAAGGUAA